AUGGGCCGCUCCGGCGCUCGUGGCACCGCGGUGCGGCACGGCCACUGCGUGGCGCAGUGCAGGACGGCGGAAGAGGCAGCGCGGCUGAUCCAGCUGCUGGCCUCUGACGGCCCCAAUGCCAGCGUCCUCGACGGGUUCGAGCAGGGCCUCGGGGGCGCUGGGCUGAAGCUGGGCGUAGGGCGCAAGGCUACAUCUGAGGAGGUGCGCCGAGCCCUGGCCAAGGCUCAGCCAGAGCUGGCGCGGCGGUGGGUGGCGAUGCGAGGCGGCAGGCGUUGGGCAGCCCACCCCGACAGGGACCUGUUAGAGGAGGUGAUGGAGGCCCUUGACGCCCACUCUGGCACUAUCGGGUCGGAGCAGGACGAAGCGAGCCAGAGGAAGGUCAAAGAGAAAUCAACCACGACGGCGCUCCUAGCCGAGAAGGUCCUUGAGCUGCAGGCGGCAGACCAGCGCUUCCAGCAGCUCCUGGCGGACGCGUCUGAGGAGCAGCGCGCACUGGAGCUGAAAGUCCAGGAGACAGAGGACGAGGCAGUGCAGCUCACCCACAGGUCGCACGAGCAGAGCCAGAAAAUCUCGGAGCUCGAGCAGGCCAUGGCGGAGCUGCAGGAGCGCCGCGGUCCCGCCGUCCCGCUCUUGACUUCGGGCUGCGACGUGGAGACGGAGGAGCUCGAGGUCGGCUUCGGGGAGGGCCAGCAGAACACCGCAGAGCAGGAGCAGUGCAACGGCAACGCUCAGGAGGCGAACGGGGACCAGAAGAGCACCAAGCAGAACCAUGGCAGGCACCUGAACCUAGUCAAGGCUGAGGAGCGCAACAGCACCGAGCUGGCGGCCGUCGGCAGCGAGCUCGACGACCAAGGCGGGAUGCAGCGCACCAGCGCGGAGGAGGUGAUCACCCAGGGUAGCAAGGGCAGUUCCGCGGACAAGCCCGUGCAGGGGGCCGUCGGCAACCAGCUGAGCACCGAGGGGAACCAGGGCAGUCACCUCCCCAGCGUCCCGAUGGCUGGCGGCGGCAUCCAGGUUUACGGUUGGCAGAAUCGGAACUAUCGUCACCAUGGCUACAAGUACAAUCAGAACCUGUGGCUGGUGGGCUCAGACGGAUCGUGGGUCCCACCCCAGUUUGAAGGCACGUGGACGUGUUCGCAGUGUCAUGUAAGAGAAACAAAGCGUGCUGGACGAACUGCAAGCACUGCGGCGCGCCUCAUGAUCAACAGUGUCCUCGCCUGCCUCCUCGCCCUGGUCUCCCUGCACCCGCUGUCGCUGGUGCCCAUGGCGCAGAUGGAGCAAGCGGCGAAGCUCAUGGAUAAGUCCGGCAACGUGGGUCUGGCCGCCGAGUACAGGAGAUUCAUUGCCCAGCAGGCCGCCCUCGCAUCUGUGCUGGGCGAGCCGGAGCCGGCCGAGUCCAACUACACGCAGGCGGUGUCAGAGAUGCAUGCCCAAGUUCGCGCGCCCGAUGAACCUCGGCCCGCCACGUGCAACGGGAUCACGAUCGACGACAUCAUGGACGGUACUCUGGACAAGUUGGAGAAGUCAUGCCAUUCGCUCUUCGGCCUCUCCGAAUAUCACAACCUCAGCAAGGAGGAGAUCGAGGAAGUCGGGGAGCGCGCCAAGGCCCUCUCGGCGGGCCUCAAGGAGAUCGGCACGCAGCUGUCCGGGGCCAUCCGCGACAACCGCGGGGAUGGAGUCUUCUGCAGGCGCCCCACAGGCAUCCUCUGCCUCGGCGUCGGGAGCUGGCCGCCAAGGGUGCAGGAACACCACCUCGUCUCCCAGGACGCCAUCAAUGCUGGUGUCAGGUGGGCGAAAGGCAGUCGCACGAUUUGCUGCUGCAGCAUGUGCCUGCACCACAGCCAGAGCUUGUCAUAUAGCAGCGUCGACAUCAUAGGUAGGGCCGCUUCUUUCAUCGAGUCGGCUUGCCAGCCGACGGUGGUGGGAGCGGAUUUCAACGUCUCCAGACACUUUGAAGAAGUCAGGCGAGACGGGUGGCGACACUCGCUGAAGCUGGCCGUGCUGUGCCAGUCGCCGAUGGCAUGCUCGGACGCUCCGCAGCUGCUCGACGCCUUCCAGCCGCUGGAACCUCUGCCGAAUUUGUCGGCCGAGGAGCUGCGGUGCACUAGCAGAACCUACGCGCUCGGAGAUAACCACUCGACUCUGACCGACAUCGACUUCCAGGACCCAGCCGAACGCCUCUUGUUCACCCGAGGCAGAUUUGAACAUCCAGGCGACACGCUCCACAGGCCGCUGACCGAGGGCGGCUUCGAGGUGGUGGGCAUCAACGGGUUCAGG